UCCCCACUGUCACACCCUCCGUAUAAAAACACACCUCUCCAACACUUGAAAUGCAACACAAUUCCAAAGCAUUUUGAAGAGAGAAACCUAGUUUAGAGAAAUGGGUUCUGCAAGUCAAGUUACAGCGCAUGUGGUUUGCAUACCAUAUCCAGCACAAGGUCACAUAAGUCCAAUGCUAAAACUAGCAAAACUUUUGCACAACAAAGGGAUUCAUAUCACUUUUGUCAAUACGGAAUUCAAUCACAGACGUUUAAUCAAGUCGAGAGGGUUUGAUUCCGUUAAAGGUUUACCUGAUUUCCAGUUCCAUACGAUUCCAGAUGGAUUACCACCAACUAAUGUUGAUUCAACACAAGAUAUUCCUUCUCUCUGUUUUUCUACCAAGAAAAACUGCGGAGUUCCGUUUAGGAAUCUCUUAACGAAGCUUAAUGAAACACCCGGUGUUCCUCGUGUUAGUUGUGUGGUUUCUGAUGGGUGUAUGAGUUUUACGCUUGCAGUUGCCAAAGAAUUUGGUCUCCCAGAGUACUUGUUCUGGACUACUAGUGCUUGUGGUUUCAUGGGUUAUCUCCACUACCGUCAUCUCCUCGAAAAAGGUCUCAUUCCGCUCAAAGAUGAGAGUUGCCUGAAAAAUGGGUACCUGGAAACUGUAGUCGACUGGAUUCCGGGAUUUAACAAUAUCCGGCUAAUGGAUUUUCCAGCUUUCCUAAGAACAACUGACCCAAAUGACAAAAUGGUUGAUUACAUUCUCGGCGAAACAGAGAAUGCAACAAAAUGUGCAGGUAUCAUCUUGAACACAUCUGAUGAGUUAGAGAAAGAUGUAGUAGAUGCAAUGCGGUCCGGGAACUUAUCGCUGCCUCCUAUCUAUACCCUCGGUGCUCUUCAUUUACUUACUAAUCAAAUUCAGCAAACUGAUGAGAUCAAGUCUAUUGGGUCUAAUCUAUGGAAAGAAGAACCAGAAUGUCUAGAAUGGCUCGACACGAAACAACCGAAUUCCGUCGUGUACGUGAACUUUGGUAGUAUUACUGUCAUGACAACACAACAAUUGGUUGAGUUCGCAUGGGGACUUGCUAACAGUAAGCAAACUUUCUUGUGGGUUAUUCGGCCGGAUUUAGUCCAAGGUGAUUCGGCAAUGUUACCAACCGAGUUCGUCGAAGAAACAAAAGGAAGAUGCCUGUUCCCAAGUUGGUGCCCGCAAGAGGAAGUAUUGAACCAUCCAUCCAUAGGUGGGUUCUUGACACACAGUGGUUGGAAUUCAACUCUAGAAAGUAUUUGUGGUGGUGUUCCUAUGGUUUGCUGGCCAUUUUUCGCGGAACAACAAACAAAUUGCAAGUAUACUUGUGUUGAUUGGGGAAUUGGAUUGGAAAUUGAUAACAAUGUGAAGAGAAAUGAAGUUGAGGAGUUGGUGAGAAAAUUGAUGGAAGGUGAAGAGGGUAAGGAAAUGAAGAACAAAGUCAUGGAAUGGAAGAAAAAAAGCGCAGAAGCUGUUGCACCUGGCGGCGCAUCCUCUGUUAACCUGAACAAAAUGGUUGACGAAAUUACUAAAUUCCACUGCUAAACUAUCAAUUAGUGUUGCAUUUUUAGAAUAUGUUUAGCUUGGAUUUUAAGAAGACCAGUUUCCCAAUGGUUUGAUUUUUUCUUUUCAUUUUUUUGUCUCUGUGAGAAUCAUCAUUUGCUUAAUAAUAAAAAGGGAAGGUUGAUUGUGAAGGUGCAAA